AUGUCAGAAGAAUUAAAGAAUAAGGAUUUAGCAUCUGUUACUACUGAAAACACAACUACAACAGAACCAGUUUCAGAAUCUAAAAAAGAUACCACUAAAGAUACUCCUACUACAACAGAAAAAGCACAAACUAAAUCAACAGCUGAAGAUGUCGAUGAUUUAGAUGAUUUAUUAGAUGAUUUUGCAGAUGAAGUACUAAGCAAACCACCUGGAUCAACAGUAGAAUCACAAACUCAAAAAUCACAAUCACAAUCAAUACCACAACCUCCACCACCAACUUCUAAAACUGAUCCAUUAAAUGAAGAUUUUCAAAAUUCAAUAUCAGAAUUAAUAAAAGAUAUGAAAAUAGAAGAUCCAGAAACUCAAAAACAAUUUGAAACAUUAGUUAAACAAUUUGAAACAAAUCAUAGAGAAGAAGUUGAAACUCAAGAAUCAAAACCUGCAAAUUUUGAAUAUGUUAUGAAAGAAACUAUGGAAAGAUUACGUAAAUCAGGUGAAGAUAUUGAUUCCAAAAUUAAAAAUGACUCAAUGGGUACUAAUCCUGAAGAUUUAUUAACUCAAUUAUUAGCAGGUAUGGGUGGUGAUUCAGCAUUAGGUGGAGGAGAUAUGGAUAUGAGUAAAUUAUUAGUUGAUAUGUUGGAACAAUUAAGUUCAAAAGAAGUCUUAUAUGAACCAAUAAAAGAUUUAAAUAAAAAAUUUCCACAAUAUUUAAAAGAUAACAAAGAAAAAUUAGAACCUAAAAAAUAUGAAAAUUAUAAUAAUCAGUAUGAAAUAACUAAUGAUAUUUUAAAAAUUUUUGAUAGUUCCGAUUAUAAUGAUUCAAAUAAACAACAAAGAGAUCAAAUUAAUUCAAUGUUGGAAAGUUUACAAGAAUUAGGUCAACCACCAACUGAAUUAGUUGGUGAAACUGGUGAUUUCUUACCUGGAUUUGGUGGAGGAGCUGGUGGUGCAGGAGGAUUUGAUUUCAAUGAUAAAGAUUUACCACCAGAUUUAGAAAAAAAUUUACAAGAAGGUUGUCAACAACAAUAG